GAUGAAGGUCAGUGACAAACACAGGUAGAAAGAAGAAAAGAGAGAGAAGAGUCAGGGUGUUUAAUGUGGCGCCACCAUGGUCUGACCGUCGCUCUGUGACUGAGUAAACGCCUGGAUGUGAAAAAGUAUCCACCUACCGCCUCUCACCGCCACUAUCCACUCUGCCCUGAGUCCGAUGGCAAAGCAUGACCCGAAUGAAGCCCCUCCUCCUUACUACUCUGUUGCCGUGCACACCCUGCCCCCCCUCAAGCCCUACGAGGAGGUAGUGUACGGGGUGGGCCUCGGCCUGACACCCCCCUCCCAGCCACGUUACAUCCCCCAGUAUGCACCACCUGUGGCUGUCCCCAUAGUCACACGGUCAGGCACACCCCCCAGCCACAAGAAGAAGAGGUGCUGUGAGAGUAAUGCCCAGUGUUAUGGAGGGUCAGGAGGAGUUUUCCUGGUGCUCGCUAUGCUGGCACUGGCCAUCUGGCUUGGAGUUCGUUACGGCACCAGACUGGCAACGGUAGCGAUGCUCUACGGUGACGACGAUUAUUACAGUGGUGAAAUGCUGUUACCAAAGUAUGACACCUGUCCCAACGAUACUGUCCAUUGUGAUGGGAUCACAGACUGUCAGCUGGGCACUGAUGAAACCAACUGUGUGAGGUUUGGUGAAGACAAUGGUCUGCAGGUUAAGACAGCGCAAGAUGGCCGCUUCCUACCAGUGUGCUACAAAGGCUGGGACCAGAGCUAUGCCGAACAGACCUGCGCUCAGCUAGGUUUCAGAAAGCCCUUUGUCACCAAAGCAAAGAAACCCCAUGCAUCUGUUGGUUUAACAUUGACCAGCAAAUCAUCUUUGCCUAUCCAGGGUCGGGUAAAAGUCAGUCCUUCCUGUCCAGACCAGGAGAUCGUCUCCCUGCAGUGUGUGGACUGUGGGAAGCAGCAGUCCACAUCGCGGAUCAUUGGGGGAAGUGUGGCCAAGACAGGUCAGUGGCCGUGGCAGUUGUCGCUCCACUUCAGAGGGUCCCACGUCUGCGGCGGAGUCCUGAUCAGUCCUGAUUUUGUGCUGACCGCAGCCCACUGUUUCCCUAGAGGCAACUCCAUGACUCUCUCAGCAAAGAACUGGAAAGUGUAUGCGGGAGUGGUGUCCCUGAAAAGUCUACCUCACCCUUAUCUGGUUAAGAAGAUCCUGCUGAGCGAGAACUACGACAACAAGACUAAUGACCAAGAUGUUGCUCUGCUCAAACUCGCAUCUCCAGUCGCUUUCAACAAUAAAGUUCAGCCAGUUUGUCUGCCAACGACUGGCCAGCAAUUUCCCCAAGGAACCAAAUGCUGGACCUCUGGUUUUGGCACCACUGAGGCAGGAUCGGGCAUCGUCUCCAACGAUCUGAUGGAAGUGACUGUGGACAUCAUCGAUACACCAGUGUGUAACAGCCGCCAUGUGUAUGGAGGCUCAGUGACCAGAAACAUGCUCUGUGCAGGGGACCUGAAUGGAGGCAAAGAUUCCUGUCAGGGUGACAGUGGCGGACCUCUGGUAUGUCAGGCAGAUGACCUCUGGUACCUCGUGGGCAUCACGAGUUGGGGAUCUGGCUGUGGAGAUAAAAACAAGCCUGGCGUUUACACCAAAGUCAGCAGUGUUAUGCCCUGGAUCCACAGAGAGAUGCAGCAAGAGAGGCCGUGAUGUGCCUUUGUCUCCUGUGGGUGGUCUGUCAACCCCCCCCCCCCCCCCCCCGGCAAUGAAGCCUGCACUAUGAAGUCCACUUACAUGUGGAUAACUGCAUUGAUGAAGACAUGCGGUCGACGGAAGGGCAGACAGUUGAAGGGUUGGGGGAAUGCAACACAGGAGGUAAACACUGGAUUUCUAUCUUGGUGUUCUCCAUCUUCCAUGUUCAUCCUCUGACAGGCAGCUGUUUACCAGACCCUGAUUAUCAAUCACACAAUAAUAGGUGCAAUCACUCGCGAUAUUUAAUUGUUUUUCCUUCUGUUUCUCGGUGUCUGGUCCCAGCCAUACAGUUUACUUAUGUUUACCCAAUCCUCAAGGAUGGCUGGCCCUUCUCUCAUGUGUUCUGUGCCAAUGAACAGCAACUGGUUUGAUCAUGAUACUCUUUAAAAAUGAUUUAUGAUUGUAGAGAUGUGUUGCUGCCCUCAGGGACACGUCUCAGGCUUAUUUUUAUGUUUACCAUAUUAAAAUAAAGAAGGACACUUUAUGUAUAAACUUUGUGAAGAAGGAAGUGUCAGUCUUGACCCCCCCCCCCACACACCUUUUUUAAAAAUUGAGCUGGCACUGCCUAUGCACCUACACCUCCUCUCAUCACUCACACUGAGAUUUUUGAUUGAUUGUUAUUCUAAUGCUGUAUGUAAAUGUGCGUGUUCUCUGUCAUAGUUAUGUCAGAAUGUUAUAUGUAUAUGUUUAAUGUGCAGGGAGUUGUAAACAGUGGGCAUUCAUAAAAACAAAUGAAGAUCAA